GCCACAUCCUGUUUACGCUCGUAUCUACUGUACUUCAGUGAUAACGCUCUGUUUCGGACUCAAUUGGGUAAAAGAGGACCAGGCUGAAAUGCCACCGCCUUCGCUCUAAAGACGACUGAACUGCUGAACUGCCGGAACUCUCCUCGUGGCCUCAGUUCCUGUCAGCACCAACAACCAUGUCGUGCCGGAACAUCCACGCCACCAAUGCGUUUGCCUUCAUCAUUGCCUUUGUGUCUGUGGGAGGGCUCGUUGUGGCAACAGUAAUCCCACAGUGGCGUAUAACGAGACUCGUCACCUUUAAUCGCAACGCCAAGAAUAUCAGCGUGUAUGAUGGGCUGUGGGCUAAAUGUGUGAAACAGGAUGGCUAUUCGGGAUGCUACUACUACGAUUCCGAGUGGUACUCCAAAGUGGACCAGUUGGAUCUGCGGCUCCUGCAGUUCUGUCUGCCCGCAGGCCUGCUGUUUGGCUCACUAGCUUUGCUGCUGUGCAUGGCUGGGAUGUGUAAGACUUGCUGCUGCUCAGACAAGCCUGAACCGGACAUUAAAACGAUCAGAUUCCUGGUCAACAGCGCAGGCUGUCAUCUGGUGGCUGGGAUGUUCUUGUUCCUGGGUGGAGCUAUUGCCAUCGCACCCUCAGUGUGGUUUCUGUUCCACACUAAGGAGCUGAACAUCAGAUACGACAGCAUUUUCUCAGAUGGGUUUGCUGUAUAUGUAUCAAUAGGCUGCUCUGGAGGAUUGAUGCUGGCCGCGCUGCUGAUAUUCAUGUGGUAUUGUAUGUGUAAGAAGUUGCCUUCACCUUUCUGGUUGCCCCUGCCCUCCAUGCCGACCUCUCUGUCCACCCAGCCUCUCACUGCCAACGGAUAUCCUCCCUCCCCAGUGUAUGGUCCUCAGCCCUUCCCACCACAGACCUAUCCUCCCACAGUCAUCGAUACCCAGCCUUAUAUGCCAACCCAGGGCUAUGCACAAAGUAUGGUCGCCCCUGCACCACCACAGUUGUACAUGUCUCAAAUUUCUGCUCCAGAUGGGUAUGGGUCCGAGGUGGGAGGGACCCAGGCCUACAGCUACGCUCCCUCGCAGAGCUAUGCUCCCUCGCAGAGUUAUGCACCCUCACAAAGCUACGCUCCUUCUCAGGGAUACGCAUCCAGCUACGUAGGCCACCGCUACUCCACCCGCUCACGGAUGUCUGCAAUAGAGAUCGACAUUCCCGUGCUGACACAGGGAGACUAAAAGAAGAGAGGAUGGAGACUUCAGCACAUUGAAGCUUUCUGUCCUCGAAACCCUGUAAAGUUCACCACUGAUAAAACUAACAGAGUUUGAUAGAUGGAAGUUAAUAAUAUGAGAGCUAUUUACAGCCUCUAGUUUCAAGAAUUCAGUCAGUCAGUCCAAGUCUGUGAAGUGCUCAUUAUGGAAGAUUAGAGCCAGUCACAAGACCCCUGGAGGUGCUAUAUGAAGGAUGGCGUUUAUUGUAUUGUAGAAAGGGAAGAAAAUAAACUUUCAUUUGCAGCCAGAAUUACUGAAAGACACUAGCUUUUUCACUACUUUGCCAGAGUAAGAUCACUACACUACUGUUCCUCAACUGCUUAAAUAGACCAACGUAGUAGCUACAAGCAAACAGUUACUAGCAAUUAGUAGGUGGCUUUAUACAAAUUCCUGCUCUGACACUAAUAAAGUCCUUAUAUUUGCUGCCAAAAUUACAGCACGCCUGCUAAAUUAUAUUUUUCUGUUACGUUUCCAUGUUGGUCACAUCAUGACCUAUUACAAGUGAUUUACCACUGUUUUCCACUUUAUGGAUGUCCUCUGUUAUCACUACUGAACGAACACUGACUGUCUUUAACUUUAAAUUCUGUGACUCACCUGUUUUAACCUGUUUUUGUCUGUUUUAACUUGAAUUGUUAAUGUCAGUUCCCUGUGAGGAGCAGCUGUUAUAGUUUUAAUGCACUAAUUUUGCAAAUACUGUACUGGUUUACAUUGCCUUUGUUCACUUAUUUUGUUUAAAUGUAUGUAUGACUUCUAACACAUUACUUAUCAUUUAUUGCAGCUUUUACGUUUCCUAUGUGUUUAUGUGAAAAAGAUGGCACUAAAUCUGUUAGCUGUGUUAAAAGUAAUGUACAGAUGCAGAUUUUGAUUACAGUGUAGAGUUGCAUUUUUUAUUAUGAACUGUAAUGUCAGAAAUGGGAAUGGCAGAAACGAGAACUUGUUCAACAUGUCAGCUGGAUCACCAGAUAAGUAUGUGAGAGAUGUAAAUUUGUACCAUUAAACUUAUGCCAGCUGAUCGGAUGUGAUGUUGUUCAUGUCAUUCGUUACUUGUGAUUAAGCCCAAUAUAUCUCAGUUUAAUUGUUGGCUUUUGUGUGUUUUGCUUAAUGAGCACCUGAUCAACAUUUCUUCAAAGUAUAACAUGCCCGUCGUGCUACUCUGCCAUGUUAAGGUUCAUGAUAUUGUCAAAUGUUUUUCUAUAAUGUCAUCUUUUUGUUUUUAUUAAAACAUACUGUAAUCAC